CAGUAGCAAGCCCAGUGUUUUGUGGCAAGGAAUGCAAGGAGGGAAUGGCACGGAGUUCGUAGAGUUUAGUGUUCAACACGGGGCGCUUAGUGUGUCCUGUGGAUUUAAACUGCUUGUAGAGCAAAUUAAAAAAAGAACUACGCAACUAGGACUCUUAGCAAUGAAAAUAAACCAAAUGUAACGAGGAAGCUACUGUUUGGUGCCUGUUUGCAGCUUGUUCAGUUGCUAUGGGUUGGCUGAGGACAGCGACACGGUUACCGUUUUGCUCUUCAGCCGCGCUGCUGUGCAGAAACGAUUAAAGACCUGCUGCCAUUUCCAGAAACAUAUAUGUGACUGAUGUGAAUAGGCUACUGUGCCCAGGAUGGAGAAAAGGACUGCAAAUAUUAAGGAAGAGGAAUGUGAAUGGGAGUCUGUCCACCCUAAACAGGAGAGCCUCUGCAUAAAGGAGGAGGAGGAGGAUUGUGUAUGGGAAUCAAAGGCCAUUAAAGACAAAUCUGAGCAGCAGAUGGUCGGCAUUAGCUUGGGGGAACACGAAAGUGCAGGUAACAUCAAAGAAGAAGACAACCUUCAUUCAGAAUCCAUCUUUCUGCAUGUGUGCCAAGAAGAAACAAAAACUGGAUUGCUCUCCUCUCCGAGUAGACCCUGUGCUUUUCUGGAGUGUUCUGUCAUUGUGAAGCCUGAACCCUUUGCAUGUAACAUAAAGAGAACUGAGGAGCUGUUAUCGAGGAAGACAAUGGAAAAUCAGCCAUCAUCUGCAGGUUACUCUGAAGAAAAUUUACAAGAUAGUGGCAGCUUCUCCCCAUGUUCAUCUGAUCUGUCAUCUCUUCAGUGCAGGCUAACACACAUCCAGCAAAAUGAAAACUCAAAUAAAUUGACAUCUGAAUUGGAGAUGUGUAUCCCUACCUCUUUUCAGCCUGUUGUGGAACUCCCAAGGGCAGACACUGUCAACACUCAUCACUUGAUGCAAAAUACAAAUUCAGCAGCUUUGAAUAUCUCCAAGGAGCAAGACAAGAGUGUUAAAUGUAAACCUAAAUGUAAAGAUAACCAGUUGAGUCAAACAACAGAGAAGCCGUACUGCUGUUCUCAGUGUGGACAACAAUUUUCUCAAAUGAGAUAUCUUCAGAAACAUAAAAUAAUACACACAGGAGAGAAGCCAUAUUGCUGUUCUGCAUGUGGGAAACGAUUUUCACAAAUGGAUUGCCUUCAAAUACACACACGAAUUCACACUGGGGAGAAGCCAUAUACCUGUUCUGAAUGCAGUAAGCGAUUCUCUCAUAUCAGUAAUCUUAGGAAACAUGAAAAAGUUCACACAGGAGAGAAGCCAUACUGUUGUUCUGAAUGUGGUAAACGAUUCUCCCAAAUGAGUUGUCUUCAAAAACACAAAAGAAUUCACACUGGAGAAAAGCCUUAUUGCUGUUCUGAAUGUGGAAAACGAUUCUCACAAAUGGGUUGUCUUCAAAAACACACAAGAAUUCACACUGGAGAGAAGCCGUACUCCUGUUCUGAAUGUGACAAAAAGUUCUCACAAAUUGGGGGUCUUCACGCACAUUCAAGGAUUCACACUGGAGAGAAGCCAUACACUUGUUCUGAGUGUAACAAACAAUUCUCCCAAAGCAGUUGCUUACAAAAACACAUAAGAACUCACACUGGAGAGAAGCCGUACUGCUGUUCUGAGUGUGGCAAACGAUUCUCACAAAUGGGUAGUCUCCGGAACCACUUAAGAAUUCACACCGGAGAGAAGCCGUACUACUGUUCUGAAUGUGGCAAACAGUUCUCAAAAAGGAAUGGUCUUCAGAUACACACAAGAAUUCACACUGGGGAGAAGCCAUAUUGCUGUUCAGAAUGUGGUAAACGAUUCUAUGACAGGAGCCAUCUUCGUAUUCAUACAAGAAUCCACACUGGAGAGAAACCGUACUCUUGUCCUCAGUGUGGUAAACUAUUCUGUACCAGUAGGAAUCUGCAGAGGCACAGAAGGAUUCACACAGGGGAGAAGCCAUACUCCUGCUCUGAAUGUGGCAAACAGUUCUCAAAAAGGAAUAGCCUUCAGAUACACUUGAGAACUCACAGUGGAGAAAAGCCAUACUGCUGUACUGAAUGUGGACAACUAUUUUACACCAGUAGACAUCUUCAGAGGCACACAAGAAUUCACACAAGAGAGAGGACUCUAAAGGAUGAAGUUGAGAAGAAGUGAAAACUUGUUUGCUAGCUACUUUGUAUUUCCCAAAUACUUAGUUUUAUAGAAUAGCUGCACCUAGUGGGCUUUGUUGUAUUACAGUUGUUUAGCAUGUACUUAAAAAAAAAAAUACUGUGUUUUUACAUCAGGAGAAAGGAAACAAAUUAAACUUGUCAAUAAGCAGCACAAAGUCAAAAAAUAAGCUGAAAGGAAUGUCAUACUGAGUAAAAGAAUUAAAUCAUGAAACUGAAAAUUAGUCGAAGAAACAUGGCAAAGAAUUGCAGACAUGGACUAAGUGAUUUUUUUUUCCCUAACUGAAACAGGUUUGAGCAGACUCAAAGUGUUUUUGAAUGUAUCCCAAAGUUUUGAUGAAUUUCAAGCCAUACCACCAUCUUAAAUAGUCAAUGCUAGAUUGACAUCCAGGUGGCAGCCACCAGAUUAUAACUAGCCUGGAAACAAAUACACACUCUGGCUGAGGCAGAAUACUGAGAGAUGGUCGUACGAACUGAAAAAGAACUCCAAAAAUGGUGGCCAAGUUAUGUUAUUGAAGAAAAAAACCAAAAAAAUGAAUGAAAAAUGAGUGGAUAUUGUAAAAGAUGGGGGAAACAAUAAGAUUCACAACAACAAUGGUUUAAUCAUGCACAUUUGGUUUCCAGGAUAAAUAGUUGACCAUUUUGCAAUAUUGCAAGCUAAGGUGCUAGCGACAGUGCAACAUCUUCAAACGAAGAGAACACCUCUAAUGUGGGGUCACUGAGGCUGAGACCACUAAAGGCAUCAACAAAAAGGGAAGUAACAUGACCAUACGAAUAUACACUCGGGAAGAACUGAAGGUCAGCCAAGGAAAGUCCACAAAAUGUGUGCUUUUUGUGAAGUAGAAGAUUCGUUUUGCUUUUCAAGAAGCUGGGUCUGGUCUUAAGUGUGAUCCAUCACUGGUCCAAAGUAUGAUUUUUACAUGUUCUUACUGGUUUUAUCAUUAGCCUUAUCUUUUAGAAGUCCUCCUUGAUAAAUUCGAUAUAGCAUAUGUACUUGAGGAAGCAGACAAAAAUAAAUGAAAAAUGGCUGUGUCUGAUUGUAGAGUCCCAGUUAACUCUGUGCAGGUAGAUGAAUGUUAGCACCUAAUUUAACAGGCCAAACAAGUGGUCAUAAAUGGAAAGAUAAUCAGGGGGAUGAAAUUGCUCAAAGACGCCAUGCAACAGUCUCGGCACUAUUUUAAACUGUCUGUUUGGUGUUAUCAUUAGAACAUUGGAGGGCUACAGUUUUUGGAACAGAUAGCAUCCCAGGCCAAGCUCUUUGGGAGAUGGUUGCCAGGGCAGGGCAGGGCAUGGCUCAGGCUGGGCUCUCCAAAGGGUGGCUACAGAGACUCUUUGGUCAGCGUAUGUAGAGACCUGUUCCAUGUACAGUUUCUAUUUCUUUCUUUUUUGUGACCUUCCUCCGAGUUCCAGGUUUCUUGGAUCCAUUAAAGUAUCUUUUUCCUUAGAUUCCUGGUAAUAACUGAAAUGUUGUGUUUUGUUUGAUUUGUACAUGGAUUUCCAAACUUGCAUACGUGGCUGACACAAUCGAGCACCUGAAUGAACUCAAUAAAAAAUAAAUUUUCAUUCCGACCUUGGGAUUUAUCAAUGUGCUCUGACAAAUUAAACCAUUUCAAACAGAAACUUGAACUUUGGCAAACGGAGUUACAACGUGGAUCCGUAGAAAUGUACUCCGGGACCCACUCGACUACGACUAGAUCCCAUUGGAUUUGGCUCAACAAUAUUUAACGUUGCUACAACAGAAAUUUGAGCAAUACAGUUACACAAUUAACAUGGAGCGGUGCGAUUGGAAUUAAUUUUGCAACUAAUGCGAAACUUCUACAGAAGCACUUUCCCUUCGGAUUCGACAGGAAUUUCUUGCAUUGAGGAACGACGGGAGGCUCAAAUUGAAAUUUGGAUAUUUUCUGGAUUGCUGUUGCAGUUCGUCUCACAUUUUCUACAACAAGCAAAAUUUUAUAACCCUAUUU